GUGUAGCUGCGGACGCUAGCUGUGGAGAGAGCAUGAUGUCGUCUACGUGGGUAGAAGAGGGGAUUGUGAAGCAAAGGAACGAGUGACGAGCGACUAGGACUUGCCCUUUUGCACUAUCUGGCAAAAGGAGAGCGCGCGCGACAAGUCGACAAUUGGCAGUGUGCCGAGCUCGGCUGCCGUACAGCUUCUCGCAGUAUGGAAGCGCCAGUCGCUGGCCCAUCCAGUCAGCCCUUCGGUGCGCUACCUCGGCCACAGCGCAAGAUCAAGCCGACUCGUCGGGCUGCGCCUAGCAAGUUGAAGCUCAAGCUCGGCGCCGGUAAUUCAGGCGGUACAUCCAACCUCAAUCGCUCGGCGGGCUACGAUGGCUCUCUGGAUUCUGAUCCAGAUGAGCCUAUCGCAUACGAGGAUCAGUUCAUACUGCGAAUGCCUGCGAACAGCGAUGCAGAGAAGCUCAGAGAGCUCGUCAAUCGUCGCGAAGUUGACCCGAGCGUGUACUUCAAGUUCAAGGACUCGAGGAGGGCAACGAUGGGCAUAGGCAAACACCUCUAUCGGGCCAAGCUCGUCGACUUGCCAUGUAUCAUCGAAGCGAACAAGACACUCGACAACAAGCACUUGUUCAAGUCUGCAGAUAUCUGUCAGAUGCUGCUCGUCGAAGAUCGCAUAUCCGACGAAUCUGCUGCAACAGACGGGCAACCUUUCAACAUCGAAGACUUUGUCUAUCCGCACGGGCUUACGCCGCCUCUGUACCAUGUUCGCAAGAGACGGUUCCGCCAUCGCGUCAACAAGCGCACGAUUGAAACCGUCGAGCGCAACGUCGAGCGAUUGCUCACUGCAGAUGCAAACGCAGAUGAAACGCAGCUAGAGAUGCUAUCACAUGACGAAGACUCUAGUCAAGACGAAGAGGGCGUCUCUGAGGCACAGACACCCUCGCAAGCCAUGACGCCAGCCUACGAAGGCAUGUCAGAUCGAGGCGAGUCUGUCACUGCAGCCACACCUCGCAACGACGACGACGAGGAAGACGACAGCGAUAAUUCCUACGAUGACGGACUUGCGGCGGAAAUCGCAGCGGGACUGAUGGGCUCGGCGGCUGAUGAUGCUCGCGCGAAGAAGGCUGCAGAUGACGAAGAAGAGGAUGAGGAUGCCGGUCUGUUUGGAGAUGAGGAGAGCGGGAGCGAUGACGAAGAGGAUGAAGAUGAAGAGGUGGACGAACAGACAAAGGCGCUACGCAACAGGAUCAAACUUGCGCAAGAUGAGAUCAAGGAUUGCGAGGGAGCUAUUGCCCGCAAGCGAGCAGAAAUCGCUCGUGCUAGCAAUCCGAUCUUGAAGAAACGCUUCGAGGAUAACCUGCGGCGUCUGAUGAUUGAGCUCGACGUCAAGCGAGAUCAAUUAGCAGCAGCGCACACCGACAGUACCGCCACUCAGGCGCCCGUGCCCGUGCCUGAGCAGCGUGCCGUGACCGCGGAAGUAGAGCAGCCAGCGGACGCGCCUGUGCAGGAGGAUGCCGAGAUGAUGUCUACACCGGUCGCUCAGGAAUCUCUGCGGGUUGAUGAUGCACAUACACCGAUGGAUACAACAGAAUGAUGCAUGCAUGUUGUCAUCUGAUCGUGGGUGUAUCGACAGGCAAGACCCUGUAGCCGCUCCGUCUGCCGUGUAG